AUGCCAAUACAAGAUUGGAACAGAAAUACACCAGUAUUCUCCUCUGCAGUUGCUGAGACAGCUCUUGCCAAUCGGACAACAACACUUGUACUAUUCGGGAUAGAAGCAUUGACCAUCAUCAUAUUCCUAACAAUCCUCUUGAGAAAUCGUUUUCAUAAAAUUCAUUUCAAGAAACGAAUACCAAACAUCGCUAACAAAUAUCAGGUCAAAGAGAAUCAAGCUGUGAUUGAAAAGCUUCUGCCUAUCUGUAUAAUUCACUUUGUAAUCAUGGGCAUCAACUGCUGUGGCUAUGUUUUGAUCGCUUAUAUUAUUGAUCCUCGUGAUACAUCAUCAUUCGCCAUAUACCUAGAAAGUAUCAAUCAGGCUUUUCUCUAUUCACUGAUUAUGCCUAUCGUAGUUGAAUAUAUUUCUAAGAAGAGAGCUGUAACAUCCAAAAUAUCUCACGUAGAGCCUGAUCAAGACCAAUACUUCAACACGUUGAAAGUCUACUUUGAUCAGCCGUUGAGGAAGAAAUAG